AUGGCAGCUGUCAAACCAGACCCGGGCCAGGACAACGGCGGGGCGGAACAAAAGCCGGACGUGCAGAAGAUCAAGAUCACUGUGCGGUUUGGUGCAGACCGGGAUGACCUGCAAAUCAACGUUAAGCCCCAUACGCCCUUCUCCAAGAUCUACAGGGCUGUUGCGGAACACCAGGGCAAGAGCGAGGACAGCUUCACAUUGUCUUUCGAAGGGCACAGGAUCGGGAAGACGGAGACCCCGGGUAGCCUCGACUUUGAAGAGGAAGAGGUUAUCGACAUGCACCUCGCGCAAGUCGGCGGCGGCGCCGUCGAGCCUUAA